AUGGCAGACCUCCGAUCUUCCAGAGACGAAGAGAGCGAGGAGCGCGGGGGCUGGGCGCAUGACGAGAAGGCGCGCGGGGAGCAAGGGCGCGCGCGCGAGUGGGAGGAGGCAGAGCGGCAGAGCCGCGAGGUCAAGCUGGGACUGCACCCGCUGCAGACGCGGUACGUGCUGUGGUACACGCGGCGGCAGCGGCAGCCGCCCGGGCAGCGCAGUGCGACGUCGUAUGAAGACAGCAUCCGACGCAUCGCUGACUUCAGCACUGUGGAGGGGUUUUGGGCGUGCUACUGCCGCAUGGUGCGCCCAUCCGCGCUGCCCGCCCCCACAGACGUGCACGUCUUCAAAGACGGCAUUCGCCCGCUCUGGGAGGACGCGCACAACCGGCGGGGCGGCAAGUGGAUGGUGCGCCUGCGCAAGCCGCUCACUGCGCGCAUGUGGGAGCACCUCCUGAUGGCGGUGGUGGGGGAGCAGCUGGAGGGCGCAGAGGAGGUGUGCGGGGUGGUGCUCAGUGUGCGCUUCGGUGAGGACAUUCUCUCCAUCUGGAACCGCUCUGCACCGCACAGCCUGGCGCGGGACAGGCUGUGUGAGUCGAUACGGAAGCACCUGGGCCUUCCACCCUCCUACACCAUGGUGAGUGAGACAUGCCUCCCGCCCCUCAUUCCAUGCACCCGCCCCUCAAUCUACCCGAGUACAAACCGCAUGAUGCCUCACUCAAGGACCAUUCCUCCUACCGCAACACCUGGGGCCACUGUACCCAGCGUACACGGCAAGGAAAUCAGAACGGGUGUAGCAUAUUGUAGGUUGCUAAAUAGCACCAACUCGCCGUUACAGCCUCGUCAGAUACAAACAAACACGAAAAUGGCUCCUCUCGGCCAGACCACCUUCGUCGUCGUCGUCCUUGCCUCUGCAAUUUUCCUUUCUACCCCUGCGCGUGUCUCUGCUGCUGGGGUUCCCGCAAACGCGACUUCUCCUGCUAACACGACUGCUUCCGCUAAGGCGAGUGCGCCUGCUAACGUGAAUGCGUCUGCUAACGCGACCAGCGCCGUAGUGGCGACGGCGAGGCAAAGCAAGGGCGCGGGCGAAGGAAAGAACUCCACAUGCGCCUACUACGGCAACUAUAACACUAACCCCUACUUCAACAAGGGGCUCACCGCGAAGCUUCCUCCUGCCGUGUUCGGCAAGCGGUGCGGCGCGUGCUACAGGGUGGUGUGCACCAACGACACGAAGCGCUGCCAAACCGGAAAGGCGACCGUGACCGUCCGUGUGGUAGGCGCGACGACCACGGAGAAACAGCUCUCUCUAUCCACCGCCGCUUGGUCCAAGAUCGUGCAGGGAUCCGACACGGCCCCCGUACACAUCACGUACAGGCGCACCAACUGUGUGGUGUCCACCCUCGGAUCGGGCGUCCGCGUGCGCAGCAACUCGACGGCGGAGAAAUUCAACAUUCAGAUGGUGGGGCUUGCCGGCCCCGGCACGCUCAAGGAGGUGGAGAUGAGCGCGGACGGCAAGAAGUGGGCGAAGCUGACGCGCGACGGCAGCAAGGCCGUGUGGGGAAUCGCGGGCGCGGAGGCGAAGGAGGUGGUGGGCGCGAAGAAGGCGAUGAGCGUUCGCCUCACUGCGGGACACACCCUCGAGAAGAUCACCCUCGGGAAUGUCAUUCCCGCUGACUGGAAGCCCCGGACGGUGUAUUCGUCCAAAACCAACUUCAGGAAGAUGAUGGCUGAGAGCAAGUAG